GUGCCAGAUUGACUUACAAGUACCAAUGGUUAAGAGUGUUAAGAGCAUGUUGCAGUAUUUAUUGUGUGUAUAUUCUGUUAUCAUUUGAUCACAGCUGAGCCCGGCUCUAUACUGUGUGUCUUGAGUACAGCAAACAACUCGCCAUGUUUCAUCAUGACAACACUGCUGUGACUUAUGUUACCUCAUUUGACAGGGCUUUUCUAAAAAAAAAAUGGGUCCCAUGAUAUAUGUUGUAAAUAAUGUUUUUUACUUAUUUUUAACGAGUAAUCAGCACAUGGAGAGUUUGUGCUCCAAUUUUGUUUCAUGUGUUAUAUAUGCUAUGUGUUCUUUCUCCUUCAAGGCAGGUAAAACUGGAUGCCAGAAGUUUACUAUUGCACAACCAUGUUUACCUUACUCUGUAUAUUAGCAUGUUAAGUUACUUUCCAUUGUGCAUAUAUGAGUGUGAAUACAUUAUGUGCUUGUGAUUUACGUUUUUUAUUGUAAUUUGAUUUAAUUGAAACAAAUUGUCCACUAAGUGUAGGCAUGAGGUUGUCUCUCUCUCUCUUGAAUGCUUGCUCUCUCAAUUAGACUCUUCCAAGAAAUUAAACGUAAUUGAAGGUACUUUGUGAAUUAGUAUAAGGUGCCUUCUAUCAAGCCUAAUUAUAAGAGGCCAGUCAAGAAGUCAUGUAGUUUUGUUCAGGGAGUAUGGAUGGUCACAUUGACUGCUGAGAAAGAAAAACGGUCAUUCAUAAGUAACUCCUUCAUUCUCUCUUAUAUGAUACAAGAAAUAUUCUACGAUGGACAACACUGAUGCAGAUGAUGAAUUCCAAGAUGCUUAUGAGUCACAGCCAGUGGUAUCCUCCAUGGAUUUGCAAACAUCUGUGGAUGACUCAAAGACAGCAGUUCAUUAUUUUUUCAACAAUAAAUUUAGUGAAGCAAGAGAUAUCCUUCAGCCUUGGGCCAACAGCAGCAUGUAUCAUUCUUUGGGAAUCAGUGUAUUCACAUUUCUUGAAGCAGUGCUGACAUUUGAACAUCAACAUAUUGAGGCUGCUUCAGAUGCGCUGAAACAGUGCAUCGCAGUGUGCAACAGAUAUCGGAAAAAGAACACAUUUUCUGAGUCUUUGGGAAAGAUGGUGAAGAAAACCAACUAUGAUCAGUAUUCACCAGAGGAAAUUCAUGCAGAACUAUGUUAUGCAGAAGCUUUGCUGCUGAAAUCUAUGCUCACAUUUGUGGAAGAUGAAACUCUUGUCAGUUUCAUCAGAGCUGGGCUCAAGAUUCGCUCCUGUUAUAAUUCCUACAAGGAAUGUAUGAACAUUUUAAACCAAAGGAACUGGGAUGGUGAAAACCACAAAGUACAUUUUGAGAGUGGUGUUAGAAUGGGAAUUGGAGCAUUUAAUCUUAUGAUCUCUUUACUGCCUGCCCGUGUUAUAAGACUCUUGGAAUUUAUUGGGUUCUCAGGAAGCAAAGAAGUUGGAUUACAGGAAUUGGAGACAGGGUAUCGACUGUACCACAGUAUACGGCAAGUCUUGUGUGUGAUGACAUUGCUUGGUUAUCAUCUUAUUGUCAUGUAUGUUCUUAGCCAUACUGAGGGUGACUUGCAAAUCUGUGAAGAAAUACUGAGGAGUCAGCUUCAGCUAUAUCCUCAAGGAGUGUGGUUCCUCUUUUUUAAAGGACGCUUAGAGUUUAUGAAGGCCAACAUUGAUGAAGCAAUAAAUUGGUACAUGAAAUCAUGGAAAUCUCAGGAAAUAUGGCCACAGUAUCAUCAUCUUUGUUUUUGGGAGCUCAUGUGGACAAACAGUGUGAAGCAAGAUUGGCGAGAGGCAAGCACAUAUGCUGAUCGGCUUUUGAAUGAGAGUCGUUGGUCCCGGACCAUCUACAGUUAUCAGAAAGCGGCUUUGCUUUGUAUGCUUGGAGGUGAUCUCACAUUAGAUGAGAAGGCUGAAAUUGAAAGCCUCAUGAGAGAUGCCCCACAGUGGAAGCAGAGGAUUGCAGGGAAGUCCUUACCAAUGGAGAAGUUUGCAGUGAAGAAGGCUGAGCGUUUCUUUGCUCAGAAGAAAAUGUUGGUUCUACCAGCCCUGGAGCUCAUGUAUGUGUGGAAUUUAUUUAAAGUAUUGGGCAAGAAGUGUGAACUGAUACAGAAUGUGUACAAGAUGACCGAGAAGACAUUAGCUAUGCUUGAUGCUCAGAAAAGGCGUCAGGAGUUCGAUGCAGAUAACCGAGCCCUGGUGCUGUUGUUGAAAGGAGCAAGUCUGCGGCAGAUGCAGAGUCCACUGCAAGCAGAGGAAUGUCUGAAUAGUGUACUUUUGCUAGAAAAGAAGCUAAGAGAGGACCUUUACUUAAUACCAUAUGCAUUGGUAGAGCUUGCACUGCUAUUCAGAGAGCAGGGGAACCUCACUAAAGCAUCUCAGCUACUAGAGGAUGCAAAAAAAAAUUAUACUGGAUAUUCACUGGAAUCAAGGCUUCACUUUAAAAUCCAUUCAUUUCAAACAGAACUGAAUGAGGGAAAGAAAUUGUCAUCAGAAGACACUGCGGAUGAAUCUACUAGUCAGUAGGUUAAAAACAAUCGAAAUAUUGUGACAUGUGUUCAAGGAGGGGGUUGAUGUUGCUGAAUGGGCGUAUACUCCAGUUGUAUUCGGCUUUCUUCACCAUCAUAAAUGCAACUUACAUAGUACUUCUGAACUGAAUGAUUGGAAUAAUUAAUAUGGUUACAAACUGACCCAGUCAAGCAGGUGAAUAAUGUUAACUGGUAAUCCAUAUGCCAUGUAAUAAACAAGCAUAUGGUAUACAUUGUAAAGAACUGAAAGAAAUAUGAGGGGGGACCCAAAAAUAACCGGAAACGACCUGU